AUGGGUGCAACAACAGCCAAAGAAGCAUGGACUACGUUGCAGGAGGAGUUCGAAGGAAGUGAAAAGGUACGUGCUGUAAAAUUACAAACUCUAUGGCGUAACUUUGAAUUGUUAAAUAUGAAGGAAUCUAGGACUGUAAAUGACUACUAUUAUAGGAUAAAAGAAAUAGUUAACCAAAUGAGAGCGUACGGGAAAAAUAUUCUUGACAAGAAAAUUAUGGAAAAAAUCCUAAUUAGUGUUCCCCGUAAAUAUGAUCCAAUCGUGACAACAAUUAAGCAAACAAAAGAUCUAUCUACCUUAUCAGUUACAGAGUUGAUGGGGUCACUUGAAGCUUAUAAGCAAAGGUUGAAUAAGCAUGAUGAGGACUCAACUGAAAAUGCCUUUCAAUCAAAGCUCAAAUUACGGUCUCAUAAUAAAGAUAAAAGGAAUAAUGGAGAAACUUCUAGAAAUAAAGAGAAUUCUAGAAAUUUCUCUAGAAAUUAUCAAAAUGAAUAUCCUCCAUGCGACAUUUGCAAGAGGACAAAUCAUGACGAGAAAGACUGUCGAUAUCGUGGAAAGCCACAAUGUCGCCACUGUAACAAAGUUGGACAUGUGGAGAAGUAUUGCCGCAAUAAAAAUAAGCAUCAAACAAACUUUGCUAAAGAGAAAAAUGGUGAGCAACAUCUUUUCUGUGCUACCCAAGAUUCCAAUAGUGAAACAAGUAGAAAUUGGUACUUGGAUAGUGACUACAGCAUCACAUGGCCAAAGAUGCAAGCAUCUUCAAGGAUAUUGAUGAAUCCGUCAAGGUGA